AUGGAGUACAAUGGUGGCAGUGUGAUAGCCAUGAAGGGGGAAGGCUGUGUUGGAAUUGCCUGCGACCGAAGAUAUGGCGUCAACCAGCUGCAGACGGUCUCAGCCAACAUGCAGAAGGUGUAUCCGAUGACCUCUCGAUGCUUGGUCGGCUUCCAAGGCCUCGCCACUGACUCCCAAACAUUAUCCCAAUUGCUGAAAUUCCGCCUGAAGUUGUACAAGUUGAAGGAGGAUAGGGAGAUGCCAUGUGAUGUUGUAAGUCACUUGAUGGCUACUAUGCUCUACGAGAAACGGUUUGGGCCCUACUUCUGUGAACCUGUUAUUGCUGGUCUUAAGAAUGAUGGCGAGCCUUUCAUCUCCUCCUUUGAUCUCAUCGGUACUGAAUCCACAGCUCCCGAUUUCAUCGUCUCUGGUACGGCUACUGAACAGCUUAUGGGUGUAGCUGAGAGUUUCUGGAGAGAAGGUAUGGGCCCUGAGGAGCUCGCUGAGGUCCUCGGCCAAUCGUUGCUAUCGGGUAUAGACCGUGACUGCCUUUCUGGUUGGGGCGGUAUGGUGUAUAUACUCACCGAUAAGGAGUUGAUUACUAAAACACUGAAGGGCAGAAUGGACUAA